AUGCCCCCAUCCCUGCUGCUCUCCAUGCCAGGGCUGCUGCCCACAUGGCUGCUCGGAGAGACGGGGACGCAGGGCUCUGCAAAGCCUGCACUCUCCAGCAAUCCAGCCCUGGGCAGACUCUCGGCUGGGGGGCUGUGGCACCACCUUUGUGCCCUCAGCCCUUCUGCUCAUGCCUCCCUCAUCCAGGCCUGUACCAGCGUCAGAAGAGACACUGCUGGACCUGUCUGCUCUGGGGAGAUCCAGCUCCCGCUCCUAGGAAAGCUGCUGGGGCGUCUCAUCCUUUUCCGGUUCUCUGAGGAACAGACAAGCUGUGCAGCUUUCCAUGCUCUUUUUGCCCUGGCUGACUUCAUCUUUGAAUCCAGGCUAAAGGGCAGAGCAGACCAAGUCCACCGGGAAGCCGUGACCACCUCCGCGCUGUGUUCUCUGAGCGCCAGGGACUGUGCCAAGGCCUUUGGAAAAUACCUGUGGUCCCACGAGAGGACAGACGUCAUCCUCGUGGCCAUCGAGGCCAUGGGAGAUGCCAGCAUCCUCGACCAGCAGGUGCCCAGCAGCCUGCUGGAGGUGGCCUUGGAGGACCCGGACGUCUGGCUGACAGAUUGCCAUCCUCACCUGUAUCCCCUGCAGGCGCCUAAGAUAGUCAGCUGCAUCCUUGAGAGCCUGCCAUACUGCAGCACACAGGCAGCGUGGGAGAAAGCGGAGUCACUGCUUCGCCUGAUGACCAACCUGUACCCCACCACAGUGGUCAUCCUCCUGUGUAAGGCGGCUCUUCAAGGAGACAGCACUGCGCCGGAGCUGUGGGAGCUGAUGUCCUCCAUGCCGGAGACGCUGGCCAAGAUCUUGGAGGACUUUGCCAACCUGCUGCGCAGACAGUGCUUCCGCUGCUCCGCAGAAGGCCCCCGCACCCAGCCCAUGGCUUCGUCCUCCAGGAAGGCUGAGUGGGAGGAGUUGGCUGAGGAGCCCGACUCUGUUGAGAGCCAUCAGGGCUGUCCAAACGUGAGGACGGCCAGGCUGCUGCUGGAAGGGCUCGUCGGGCUGUCGCAGAGAGCCGAGAUGGCAAGAAACAUUGAACUCUUCCUGCCAGGCAUGAUGAAGAUCCUGCAAGUUGGCAGCGAAGACGCCCAGAUGAAGAUCCUGCUGGCCUUGCAAAACGUUCUGCCUCAGCUGAAGAAGACCAAGGCCAGCUUCAUCGCUGUGCAGCUUGUGGGGAGGCUCCUGCCCCUCUUUGACUCGGAGUGCAGCGAGCUGCGAGAGCUGUCCAUCCGCAUGCUGACGGAGCUGCUGCAGUUGGUGGUGGGCAGGGAUGAGAAGAGGAUGAGGAAGGAGGUGUGGUGGGCACUGGUGCCUCUCCUCUUCCGCGUGAGCGACCAGGUCCCCAGCGUGGCCAAGGCCUCCAGGGAAGCCCUUCUUGCUGCCGCCGAGCUGCUGAAGUGGAAGACGCUCAAGCACCUGCUGCAGAGAGAGCGGCUGUGGGAGCUUGGAGCGUGCUUGCUUCAGAACAGCAGGAACAGGGCUGAAGAGAUCAUCCACCAGAGCCUGCCCUACCUGCAGGACCCUCAGGCCAACGUGCGCCUGGCGGCCGUCAGGUUCAUCGGACUCAUCACACGGCGCCUGAGGGAGCAGACCACGGACAGUCAGGCUGACAUCCUGAGUGCACUUCAGCCCUUGGAGAAAGACUGGGACAUCUCUGUCAGCUCCCUGGCAGUUCGGACAACCUCCAUUCUGAGGAGUCCUUGCGUGCAGCAAAGACCAAGAGGCCUCCUGCGAGCACUGCGCUGCUGCUGGCCGUGA